AUGGUAGUCUAUUCGUUCUACAUUUUCGAUCGUCACGCCGAGUGCAUCUACAAACGACGCUGGCUCCCUCGUCCAGUCUCGAUCACCAGCAAAUCUUCCCGGCCAGCGUCCGAUCUCUCAAUCCAGAGUGCCGGGGGUUCGCCAGCGGUGUUUGGAGAGUCUGCGCGGACAACAGAUGACGAUGCAAAGCUCAUUUUUGGCACGGUCUUCUCCCUACGGAACAUGGCCCGCAAGCUAGGCGGAGAGGAUGACAAUUUUGUGUCCUACCGUACCAAUCAAUAUAAGCUUCAUUAUUUUGAGACGCCGACGAAUAUCAAGUUCGUGAUGCUCACAGAUCUCAAGAGUCCAAGCAUGCGACUUGCUUUGGAGCAGAUUUAUAUCAAUCUUUACGUCGAAUAUGUGGUCAAGAAUCCGUUGUCCCCGGUGGAACAUCCUGGUGGUGUCGGAGUCAACAAUGAGCUUUUUGAAGAGUCCUUAGAACAGUUCGUGACUCGAGUUCUGACAUAG